AUGGAGGAAAAUUGCAGUGCCAAGCAGCAUUGGAGGGCCGAGGAGGCCAUAGCCGGGAAUGUAGUGGCCCUCCAGGCUCUUAGAGAGCUGAUCAUCUACCCUCUUAUCUACUCUCGUGAAGCCUCCAUACUCGGACUUAAGGUUAUCUCACUUCACUGUCUCCCUCCUCCUUCACAUGAUUCGGCUUCUUUCGCAGAGGCCCUUCAAUUCUGGCUCCUUUCCUUUCCCUCUCAGCUUUUAUCCUCUUUCUUCAGUGGCCCAGGGGAUUGCUGCUGUAUGGCCCUCCUGGCACUGGAAAGGUAUUGUGCAAUCCGUACCUAUCUAACCAACUAAGUUGCAUACUAUUUUACCUCUGAUUUAUUGUUUUCAAUGGUGUUCUACGUUGAUGAGACUUACCUGUAUGUCUUAAAGAACAUCUCUAUCAAAAUGGAUUAUAUCACAUUUGGAAGUCAACACUUCAUUUUCCUUGACAGUGGGUUGGCCGGGGAUCAUUUCUAGUUCUAAGGAAACAGAGUGCUGCUAUAGGCUGGUGAAAAAAAAAUUGGGGACUCCAUCUAGUUCUUUGAAGCCAUUGAUCUUCAAGAUCUUAAUACAGUUUCAGAUUACUGGAGUACGUUAUAGCCUGGAUGGUGAAAUCAUGUGAACGACAAGAUGUAUAGUUAAAAAAAUAUUAUUAUAUACACUUGCAUUAUGCAUUAAUAAUAACGGCAUUUGCAACCUUGAUUAGGUUAAAUACAUGCGUUAAUUUCUGCUCCGAUUGUCGUUAUAUUUUCCCCUUUUCUUUCUUUUCAUUCCUUAACUGUCAUGGUGUGUGCUUCAGACCAGCUUGGUCCGUGCUGUUGUGAAGGAGAGUGGUGCCCACUUGACAUUGAUCAGGUAACCUGUUGGGAUGCUCAAUGUUUCUUGUUCCCUCUUCUUCCUUCGUGAAUAGGAAUUUAUUUGUCAUGCACGCUUCCACAUUCUUCUGUCACAUUGGUGUUCUAUCUUCCAAAAUCUCAAGUACUUGUAAUCAGUGAAGAGAGUGUCGAUUUCUGUUAUUAAAAAGGAGGCCUUUUUUCUCUUCCCUCACUUAAAAAAUGAUGUCCUUUAGAUGCCCAGAUGUGUUAAUGCUUUCCCAUGAACUGAUGAUUUAUUUCAUCCUCUGUAAUGAGGUUCCACGUUGAAAGAUUCAUUGAGUUAUUGUGGGUCUGUGCUUCUCUUCUUUUUUCGGUUAGUAAUUGUUCUGACUUAUUAGUUUAUCUCUGAAAGACCUCAGUCCGUCCAUAAAGCGCAUGCUGGGGAGAGCGAGAGAUUCCUGCGAGAAGCAUUUUCGCAGGCACAUGCACAUGCCUCAUCUGGAAAACCAUCGGUUAUUUUCAUUGAUGAAAUCGAUGCAAUCUGCCCUCGCCGUAGUUCUAGGUAUUGUUUUUUUUUUCUUUUGAUGGUGCAGAGAUUCCACUUACAGCGUCUUCCUGAAUGGGUUCUCAUAACUAAAGAUUUGACAUUUUUCCGCCACCUACAGGAGGGAAAAUGAGGCUCGCGUAGUUGGGCAACUCCUUACCCUAAUGGAUGGAAGUAAUUAUUCCUCAGAAUCUGUACAGCGUGUGGCUGUUGUGGCAUCAACCAACAGGUGAUUCUGUUGAUCCGGAAGAAACCUCUUGUUGCUGCUUUAAUAUAUAUUUUUUGAUCAGGUGUUAUGUAUUUUUUAUUUUUUUAACAAAAAUCUAUUGAAUACCAAGCAUAUAUGAAUGCUUUCAAGGACCUGACCAUUCUCAUCAGAAUCAUCAUCCACCAAAUCCCUGUUCUGGCGUUUUACUGUGUACUACUUUUAUUCAGGUCCUUCGUCUAUCCUUUCUUUUCUCUACCCUCUCUUUCUGUUAAAAACCUUUCAAGAAGACAGGACUUCUCUCCUCCUUUUUCAUAUUAGGAAGGAAUUCCAGGUUUAUCUGCAAUUUCUGUCGCGGAUCAGCUUGGAACGAGUUAAAUAAAUAGAAAAAGCUAGAAAACUGCAAUCAGUCGGAGUUGACUGGUCUUUCGUCAGAUUUUUUUUUUGCAGCAGACCAAUCAGAAGCUAACAUUUGAUUACAUCCAUGAAGGGUAGAUGGAGUUGAUCCUGCUCUACGGAGACCAGGACGGUUUGACUCUGAAGUUGAAGUUUCGAUACCCAGUAUGGAGGAACGUCUGCAAAUUCUGGAAGUAAGGAGUUCAUGCAUAUAUUUCCUAAUUCUGGAAGCUAAUUGAAUCAUAAGAUUGACGUUCACCAUAGCUUCGUUGUCUUAACCACGUUCAUAGAAAUUAAUUCUUUUUUCUGGUUGCUUUUAAUUUUGGACAGCUCCACACGAGGAAGCUGCAUUUGGAUGGCGGCGUUGACUUACAAGCGAUCGUUGCAUCUUGCAACGGGUACGUGGGCGCUGACCUGGAGGCAUUGUGCCGGGAGGCGGCCAUGUCUGCCUGGCGGAGGUCCCCAGUUGCUUCUGAAGGCGUUGACUUUCAUAUGAUACAAAUGGAAGACUGGGAGUAUGCAAGAUCAGAAGUUGGGCCAAGCAUAACGAGAGGAAUCGCAAAGGAGGCGUCCAAGGUGUCAUGGGAGGACAUUGGUGGUCUAAAAGAUUUGAAGGUGGGUCAACAUUGCUAGAGAUUCGCAUUCUUGUUUUCCACAUUUUUUCUUUCAUUUCAUCCAUCAAUAUGCAAUUUAAUUGCCAUUUUUUUUCUGUAAAGUAAACUAUACCGUAACUACAUAUAAUGAAUGAUAUGUAAAUGAAUAAUGACUAUUUAUCAGUUUCAGAAUAAUUGGUUAUUUUGCCCCCUUGGCUGAUUGUAUUAUGCAUUUUUUUUAUAUCCAAUUUUGUUUCUGCAUAAAAAUAAGAAGGGUCCUUUAUUUACGUGGAUGUACAAAUGUUUUGGAAGUGUAUUUUUCAAAAAUAGGGUUUUUUUUCCUUUAAUAGAAGCCCCAAAAAUCUGUAGAGUGAUGCAUUUCCAAUGCCGGGGAUUUCUCCUUCUCCUGGAGCAUUUUUUGUUAUAUUUUAAACUGCAAUAAAACAAAAUACGAGGGAUCCUUUAUUUAGUUCUUGCAUCUUAUCACAUACACGCUAUAAUGAAGCAUGGAGAUUUUUUUUAAAAGUCCAAAGUGUUCAAGUUAUUUUAGAAAUAUACCUUCUCUAAAUAUAGUAUAAUUUUCUUUAAAUAGAAGAAGCUCCAGCAAGCUGUCGAGUGGCCCAUCAAGCAUGCUGAUGCAUUCGCAAGAUUGCGGAUUUCACCAGUGCGUGGGAUUCUCUUGCACGGUCCUCCAGGGUGCUCGAAGACUACCCUUGCAAAGGCCACAGCUCAUGCUGCCCAAGCUGCCUUCUUUACACUGAGGUUAGUUGGGCUGUUCGUUCUCUGGGUUUCAGAUGAUCUAUUAGCAGAAAAUGUCCCACCAUCUUUAGUCAAAUCGUGAAUUAUCUCUUGAUGAGAAACAGAUGAUGCUUCUUAUUUGAUCUUAUUUACUUCCACCUCGACUUGUUGGUAGCUUCUGAUUGUAUCUCCCUUUGUUAAUGGAUUUUCUUAAUGACCAGGAGAUUCGUCCUAUUGGUUCUUGCUUAUAUCCGUCUCAAUUAUUUGUUGAGAAAGAAAUGAUAGCUGUAUUACUGAUAGAGAUUGAAUCGGGCAAGACAACCUGUACAUAUAGAACUGAGAGAGAGAGAGAGAGAGAGAGAGAGAGAGAGAGAGAGAGAGAGAGAGAGAGGAUGUUCGUGUCCAUGCCAUCAUUGAAUUCCCGACUGUUUCUAGGUGCUGCUUUCAUUUACUUAUUUGCAUAUGUUACUUCUUUAUCCGAAGCAAGUUUUUCUUUUCCUUCUACUCAGAGAAGAAUUGACAGAGACUUGAAAUGACCGGGCAUGAUUUCAGCCAUUCAUUUACUGGAAUUGAAAGAAAAUUGAUGUUUAGAUUGUUCGAUAAAUACAUGAAACCAGCCGAUUCCAAAUAUUAAUAUUUUAUAUUUGAUUAUUUUCUGGCCAGAAAUAAUUUUAUUUUCACAUAUUGGAAAAACUUUAAUAUGAAAACUUAAACCCGGUUCAAUCGUUAUCUUAUGAACCAGUUGACCAAUUGAAUACAAACAUUUUUUGAAUCUCGGAAGGGAGGUGGAACGUAUUAGUGGUAGAUUAUACAGAAAAAUAGUUUCCACUAAUGGAAAGGAGCCAUGAUCAACCAUUGCCAGGGUCUGACCAGAGUGAAGAUGACUAUAAUCCCCUGACCUUUCCUAAACUCUCCUUUUUUAUGCAUCAUUUUCGAAGGUUUGACUUCACUGGGAAAUCUUCAGUUCUUACCAUUCAUAUGCAGCGUUGCUGAAUUAUAUUCCAAGUAUGUUGGAGAGGGUGAGGCCUUGUUGCGCCGGAUUUUCCUAAAAGCUCGCCACUCGGCGCCGAGCAUAAUUUUCUUCGAUGAGAUUGAUGGUAUUGCACCAAGUCGGUGAGUAUCUGGAACCCUUUUUUUUUGUUAGAUAUUUAAUUUUUUUUAGGUAUUUCCAUAUUCGCUUGCACAUUAUUCUCAAUUAGUUCAUAUAUUCUGUGGGAAAUAUGAAAUCGUCUCUUCCUCUUCAGUCAUGGGUGCCUUUAUGGGACGUAUUUUCUCGGUAAACAUGAUUUAAUGGAUAUAUCUGUUAUUUUUUCGAACUAUUUACGUUUAUUAAGCUUGUAAUCUCCUCAGUGGCAGCCAUGGUGGCAGUUCAGGUGGGAACUCUUCAGUCGGUGAGAGACUUCUCUCCACGCUGCUCACGGAAAUGGAUGGCUUGGAACUAGCUAAUGUGAGUCCAUUUUUCUAUUUUUAGACUAAUAUGGCUGAUUAUAUCAGUUUAAUCCUGUUUUUUCCAUAAUAUAUAUAUAUAUAUAUAUUUAUUUAUUUAUUUUUUCAUGCAGGGAAUUUUGGUUUUGGCUGCCACAAAUCGCCCCCAUGCAGUCGAUCCCGCUCUCCGGCGUCCAGGCCGCUUCGAUUUGGUACUCUUCAUUUUCACCAUCACCAUAUUAUUUAUUUCAGAUAAAAAGAUACAGUUUAAUUUAAUUUAAUUUACCAUUUUUUUAAUCGAAGGUCUUUCCAGGUCGUGGAUAUGGGUUUCUAUUUUUAGUUUUAAAAUAUCAAUUAUUUAUAAUAAAUUUCUUUUUUUAUGGAGUCUGUCCGUUUGCCCAGUUAGGGGUGUCUAAUCCUGGCCUUCGUAGCAAGACCAGCUGAGUUCCAACCCGUUCCCAAUCUGGGGUCUAUGGGAUCCGUCCCGAAAGCCCAUCAAGCCUAGACUUCGCUCUCUCUUUCUCUCAGUAGGCAAUGGCGGGCCGAGCCCAGGCUUCAAAGGGUUCCAGCCCGGAGCCCACAACCUGAAGCACCGACAUUUCUUUAGUGAGCAGAAUACCUCGCUGACAAAAAGAUUAGCCCCUACCCUCCCUCUCUCUCUCUCUCUCUCUCUCUCUCACACACACACACACACACACUCACACACACACACGGCAAUGGUGGGCCGGGCCCGGGCUUCAUAUGCUUUAUUUUUCAGGUGUUAUACGUCCCGCCGCCGGAUUUAGAGGGCCGCCGGGAGAUCUUGCGGGUCCACACACGGCGGAUGGAGCUGGCGAAGGACGUGGAUCUCGAGCAGAUCGCCGAGGGAGCGGAGCUGUUCACCGGCGCUGACCUUGAAGGCCUCUGCAGGGAGGCGGGCAUGCUGGCCCUCAGAGAGGACCCCUCGGCGGGCUCUGUCUCCGGCCGCCACUUCUGGGCCGCCAGGGCCUGCCUGAGGCCCUCGUUGACCCAGUCCCAGAUUGAUGAAUACCUAGCGUUUAUGAAGACCCUUGCCCUUGGCUGA